UCUGCAAUUUCAUUCUCAACAGUUAUCUGGGAUAUCAGAGAUUACAGAGUUCAUGUUCUGCAUCAUACACACACCUGCUCUCACACACACCUGCAGUCACACACACCUGCUCUCACACACACCUGUAACACACACACCUGCUCUCACACACACCUGCAGUCACACACACCUGCUCUCACACACACCUGUAACACACACACCUGCUCUCACACACACCUGCAGUCACACACACCUGCUCUCACACACACCUGUAACACACACACCUGCUCUCACACACACCUGUAACACACCACUCUGAGACGCAGCAUCAGCUCUGAGAGGACUUUUUAUUGAGGAUUUAUUUGAUUUCCUCAGGAUUCCAGCACAGAGAGUCAUGCAGGUUUUUCAGAGCGUUGCAGUUUGGUGUCUUCUCGCCUCAGACCUUCAGCUCUUUGCCUCUGCGCUGGAAACCUGUAACACGGCCUGGUUGGAUGAGCACAACGUCUCCAGCCUCGGAGACUGGGAGCUGAUCCGGGACCUGAGUGGGGGGUCGAGGGUCUGCGGCCACCCCCUCCUCAUGGAGGCUCGAACCGUGUCCGGAGUCAGCGCUCUGCUCACCGGGAACCACUUCCACACCUUCAGCGGGGCAGAGGGUCUGUUGUGUCUGAACUCUGAGCAGGGGGGGGGUCAGUGUGAGGACUACCAGGUGAGGUUCACCUGCUCCGGAGACUUCUGCUCAGAGUGCAGGACCCGCUGGUUUGACCUCGACGACCCGACCGGAAACGGAGACUUCGAGCUGCUCAGCGACCUCCUCAAUGUCUUCCCCAGAGAAAUCUGCCCCCAGCCCUCCGCCAUCGAGGCCCAGACCCUCUCCGGAGAGCCAGCUGUGAACACCUCCGACUCUUUCCUGACCUAUGAUGCCUCCUCCGGGUUCUCCUGUGUGAAUGCAGAUCAGAGCAGCAGGAGGUGUGAGGACUACAGAGUCAGGUUCUCCUGUCCCUCAGACUUCUGUCAGGUGUCGGAGCAGUGUCGGACCCAGUGGCUGAACAGUGACGACCCCUCUGAGGGCUGGGGGGACGUGGAGUCCAUUGUGCAGCUACUGAAAACAUUCCCAGGUCGACUCUGCAGAAACCCGGUCAGCAUCGAGGCCAAGGCCAUCAAUGGAAUAUCUGCCGAGCACACCGGAGACUCCUUCCUCUCAUAUGACGCUCACUUUGGGUUUGCAUGCAUGAAUGAGAAGCAGAGGAACAAACAGUGUGAGGAUUAUCAGGUGAUCCUCACGUGUCCGUCAGACUUCUGUCAGGGCUGCAGGACGCGCUGGUUCGACGUGGACGACCCCUCAGACCGAGGGGACUACGAGACCCUGGUCCAGCUGCAGAUGCUGUUCCCCGCUGAGCUCUGCAUGGAGCCCGUCGCCAUCGAGGCCAUGACGCUGAGCGGGGUCCCUGCACAUCGGACCGGAGACGUCUUCCAGAUAUAUGACGCCUCUCGUGGAUUCACCUGUGUGAAUGCUGAGCAGCCGGGGGGGAGACGCUGUCAGGACUACAGGGUCAGACUCACCUGUCCUCAGGUGUUCUGCUCAGUGUGACCACACACCAUACAGAGAGUGAGGCAGAGUUAGGGUCUUGUUUCUUUACCGUGUAGUGACUGGUAAACAGUGUGUGUUAUCUGAAGCACAUUACAGGUGUGUUGCUGCAGGCUGUGUGUCCUUCAUGUCCUGACACCCUGAAGCCUCCUUGUGUCUCCUAAGGACUUGGAUGAG